AUGACGAUAGUAUUCAUCGUAUUAUUAACAACUUCAGUGCUCGUCUUCCUGUUCCUUGGCCAGACGUUACAUCAGACGAAGGAAUCGAUGAAGACUGUCUUGAUAGAGAAGUACGGAGUGAACCAACAAGAUCCAGAAAAUCGUGUGGUGACGGAAAUGUGGGAUUUCCUACAGAAGCAGUUGAAGUGUUGCGGUGUCUCAGGAGACGCCAACUCCACAGACUCCUGGGCAAUCUACAAAAUAAAGUCAGAAUGGUUCAGAACCCAAGAAUCCGAUAGUCAGUUAGUCCCGGAGAGCUGUUGUAACCCGGAUGGUGAUCUAGCGAUGUGUAACAGAGUCUCCUCCUUCGAGGGCCCUCCAAAUUAUGACCCACCGUUUGUCGGUCCCUAUAGGAAAAACCCUAACAUGUAUCACACGGGUUGUUAUGACGAAAUUGUUCACUACAUUCAAGGCCACGCCCUUAUGAUUGGUGGAAUUGCAAUAGCCGCCAUUGUUGUCAUGCUUUUUGGAGUCAUAUUCGGGGUAUGUUUAUGUCGGUCCAUACGGAGUCGAGGCUAUAGAUAUUAACAUUUAUUCAUAAUACUGC